AUGCCAAGGCUCGUCAACUACUCAGCGGUUUGAGGCAUUUUUGUCGAUUUGGCGACAGAGUAAGUAGUAAGACAUCUAUUCUCAUAGAAGUUGUCCGUUAACUUGAGAAAAUUGAAGGCGGUACGAAGGGCCAUAAUAGCUACGGCAUAUGACCUCGGCGCCGUGGUUUUGAAGCAGGUCGGCAUAGGCUUCUGAAAUUCCUAGAACAUCGAAAUAUUGACAACUCUUCCACAGGCUAUAUCAACUGCUUCCAAAGAUGAAUAUGAGUAUGCUGAGAUCUUCACGAGUAUCGCGCGAAUUGUAAGCCCUAGAGUGGAUCAACAGCUCAUCUUCACACCAAAAUCAACCCCGGUAUUAACACUCUUUUAGGUACUGGUCGGUUGUUUUCAACGUGGAGAUGAGCAUCAGCUAGGAAUGAUACAUCUGAGUUUCCUCAACGAUACUGGCAAAGAUGCAGAGUGGAGAACGCUCAUCACACUUGUGUCAGUGCAGACCCUCGUUUCUGCGACGAGACUCGCAAACACAGCGUUCCUGGACUCUAAGAUCUCGCUGAGAAGCAGAAUAUUUAGCUUGUAUGCCGGUGCUUCCUGGAGGACGCAUACAUUCGGUAAGUUGGCGUUUAAUUUUCGGAACAUUGUCCAAGAGAGACCACCCGAUAUUGACACCUUUUAACAGUCAUUAGACUACGCCACUGCCACCAUAGGUCUCUCUACCGAAUUGGCAAUGCAGGAACAAGACCACAAAUCUGGACCGAAUGACUCAUUUCCUCUGCUUGCGAAAAACAUAGGCAGUUCUAUCAAUAGUAAGUGCCUAGCGCCUUAGCACCUUGAUACUGUCCAAGUGAGACGAGUUGAGUUGCUGAUAAGGCUUGAAGGCUGCAGGAUUGCCGAUCUACCAGCAAUAGCCUUGGAGCAGACAAUCCUGUCUCUUGUCCCACCAAACGUUCAAAUGCGGUCCACGGUACCUCUGCCAGACCAUCCUGUGCUAUCUUCAACUGCUUAUCAGUCCUGGAGCAACCUGAACGGGAUCCAAAUAUUGUAUCUUGAUGGGCCCGAUAUUGAGGCUGUUACGGUGGCUGCGGAGCAGAUCGGCAUGGACUGGGCAAGAAGACAGCAGGAAAGUGGUUCCUACUACCGUCCCUUUUUCCAGUUCCGAUUCGACGCGACUGAUUCCACAAGCAACUCCAUGGCGUCCGCGGUUGCUGCGUCCGUGCUGCAUUUUCUCAGGGAGGCCGCGCUCCAUAGUAGUGUGUACCACAAUAUACUGCAAGAUCAGUACAAGCUACAAAAUGCAUGGACAGAUGAUGACCUGCUCAACCUUGGGUUGUGUACUCGUCCAAAUGAUUGGUACUACUCCAUGUGUUUCAUGGAAUUGAUGAGUGCAACAUACGCAGCCGGAAGAAGUUUUGGGCCAGGCUGGGAGAGGUUACCAGUAAGUACGAAGGUCCGGUAAAGAUCGUCGUUACGGCAAACAAUUCCGAGAUCUAUACGUCUGAAACCUUUCGUAAUGAGCUGAAGGGCUGGCCGGGAAUGGCGCUCCUCGUAUAUGAGGCUUCCCAUGUUGUGGAGGUGGAGGUUGAAUCGGAGAACGAUAUGCAGAAUGCACUGAUUGCGCACUUGUGUCCAAUACAACUGGGCGAGGAAAGAAUACGUAGGACUCUGAAACGUCUGGAAUCGAUGGACCGCAAAACAAUGGCCAGCGUUCUGCACGUUGCCGAAACGUACUCGAGAUGGCCCAUACAGAAGUCACAUGACAACUUCUCGCUCUUCCUUGAGAUCUUUGAGAAUAUGACACCCUCAUCAACACCACGAGAGGUUGUUUGGGGAAUUUUACGGUCUAUUCGGGAGCAAGAAUGGCUUGCAUGUGUGCUGAUGUGGAUGACACAUGGACAGCGACCAUUGACCGAGAUGGAGCUCGCGAGCAUAGUGUCAUUCCAAAUAAAGGGGCAAGGUGGAAGUAUGACUCCGCCAGACGAUCACGAUGUUCAGCAGUGCUUGGCGGAUAUUAGAAGUCGAAUACGAGGCUUGGAGUCCUUAAACAGAGGCAAAUUAUGCAUUCGCCCUGAUGUGCUCAAAUUAAUGACGGAUGAAGCCGAAGAAUGCUGGGUAAGAAUCAAAAACCAAGCUCCCAGACGCACUGCAGAGUUCCUGCUUGAGUAUCUCAAGCUUCCGUCAUCCCAAGAACGCCUCAAAGUUCUUCACGAAAACUACCAAAAACGUGUCCAGCGGUCAGGAAACUCGAUCACACCACCUAUGACCCCAGACGGGCGAAAAAUCAUCUUUUAUGCAGUACAUGCACUGCCCCAUCAUCUGUCUAAGAUCGAAACGACCGGGAGCAUCAAAGAGCAGAUGAAGGAUCUUUCCGGACCCUAUGUGCAGUGGGCGAAAGCGUAUUGGGCCAUGUCCAACCCUUUCUCUCGGCCACCAAAAGGACCACUUCGGUCUGCUUGGAGUACGUGGGAGACCAGUGAUGAAUUUGAGCUGCCGAAAUUGGAGACAGAGCAUCGUAUCGACGGGCCAGUUGAGAGUCUAAUCCAGGCCGUGAGGGAUAACGACGAGGGCUGCGGCACUCAUUUCCGCCAACAAAAUUGUAUCGGACUUCUCGAGCGGCAAUGA